AUGGAAAACGAGUUAAUCCCGCCUGAAAGCUACACUCCCUUGUUGCCAGUUGCAACAGAGACGUCCGACCAGUAUCAGUGGCCGGAGUAUUUCUCAAGACCGGACCCCAUUCGCCCCAGUCAUAACCUGACCGUGGGCGGACCCCUCCAAUCCCCACCUCAGAAACCGCGACUGUGGUUUCACAAAAUAUCUUCCUAUUGUGACAGUUUUAUUGAAAAACCUUUCCCACAUCAGGAAAAAGCUGUUAUGGCCUCUGAUUGGAGACAUCCUGUCGGAAAGAAAGGAAAAUUCCAAAAAAGAAGCGUUUAUGAAACUGACUAUAAGUGGCCGAGAGAAAUUCAGAAGCCAAGAGGGAAACAUGGUGUGAAUAAAAAUGCCAGCUGUAUUCCUGGAGGGGUAGUGCAACGUGCAUUUGCUAAGGAAGUUACAGAUCAUAGCAAUACGAAAAAAUCUUCCACAAGAAUGGAGAAUGGGCUUCUUACUCGACCUAAUGUUUGGCACACGAAAACCACUUACAGACAUGAUUAUGACGCCAAUCCCACUGAUUAAAUCAUCGCAUACCUGAUAAUAAAUAAAUCC